AUGUUGAACUUUAUCCUCAUCCAGAACCGACAGGGCAAAACCCGCCUAGCAAAAUGGUACGUCCCCUACAGCGACGACGAAAAAGUCAAGGUCAAGGGCGAGGUCCACCGCCUCGUCGCCCCCCGCGACCAAAAGUACCAAUCCAACUUUGUAGAGUUCCGCAACCACAAGAUCGUCUACCGCCGCUACGCCGGCCUCUUCUUCUGCGCCUGCGUCGACACAAACGACAACGAGCUCGCCUAUCUAGAGGCUAUCCACUUUUUUGUUGAAGUCUUGGAUGCAUUCUUUGGCAACGUCUGCGAGCUGGAUCUGGUGUUUAACUUUUACAAGGUGUACGCCAUCCUGGACGAGGUCUUCCUCGCAGGGGAGAUUGAGGAGACGUCGAAGCAGGUUGUGUUGACUAGGUUGGAGCAUUUGGAUAAGUUGGAGUGA